CUCUUCCAUGUCCCCUCUGUGAACACAUACCCACUAACCUUUCAGGGAUGCCGUCAUCAGCACUGGGAUGCGCCUCGUCUCGUCGGGGGCGUGGUCGCAGUGGUGGAGCCAGAGGACGAUCGCAUGGAGCCACAUCUCGACCUCACUCCAGUCGACAGUGUACACGGUCCUCUCGAAAUAGGCGAAAUCGAAGAACAUCAUCUGCUACCCCGUCUCAAGCUGUAUCCAACGGCCAUCCAACACCUGUCCAUUCCACGCUCUCCCCUCAAAGCGAAGGAGGUCAAGUUGCUGCGGUCCGAGACGACGACUUUCUAGAGCAGGUGAUCAUGGCCGUCGACAUCAAGGGCAAAGGUGAAAUAGGUUGUGCAUACUACGUUGCGGGCGAGGAGAGACUCUUGUGCAUGGAACAGGUCAUUGGUGGUGCUACAGAUGUCGUUGACAAAUUGAAACUGGACCUUCAGCCGACAACAGUUAUCCUCUCCCUUCGCUCGGACGCUGCCGCAGACUCCGCCGAUUCUCGGCUACGCCAAAACAUAUCUCUGGUGGACGGUGACGACGACCGCCAGCCCUUGCCGUAUCAAAUCGAGAUACGACCGACACCUGAUUUCAACUACGAGGAUGCUCUGAAUAAGUUGGUCGGGCUCUGUUCCUUUGCUGAGAAUCCUGCCACUCAGUUUCUCGUCCCUGGCGACUCCAUGGUAUACGAUGAAAGGCUGCAACCAGAAGAGCUCGGUCUGACAAAGAGACGGGGCAAGCUGAUGCAGAUUUCAUCAUGGUUGAAUCUCGACAACAAAGUUAGCAUUGGCUGUGCUGGUGCCGUCAUAUCCUGGUUGCAGCGACGACGAUCGGCCGCCUACCUCCCAGGAGAUCCGGAUGCCAACCAAACCUUCCGCGUCGCCCGACUCGAGAUGUUCAACCUGCGUGGAACCAUGCUUGUGAACCGCGACACCCUUGUCUCGCUGCAAAUCAUCCAGCCAGAGUCUCAUCCCAACGCAUUCAACCAGGGCCCCGGCGCUUCAGGGGCGAAAGAAUCGCUGUCGAUCUACGGCCUGUUCCAGCACCACGCACGAACCCCGCAAGGCAAGGCACGCCUCCGGCAAACAUGCUUGCGGCCGUCCCUGGAUAUAGAACUGAUCAACACCCGCCUCGACUUCAUCUCCGUGUUCGUCCGGCCAGAGAAUCAAUCGGUGCGUGACCAACUCAGCAAGAGCCUCGGGCGGAUCAAGAACAUGCGCAACACCGUCACCCUUCUGCACAAGGGAAUCGACGGCGGGAGGGCCAAGCAGAACGCGUUCAAAGGCAGCGUCUGGGAGUCCCUUCUCGGCUUCUGCUACCACGCCAUCGACAUUGCAGACACCCUCAGAGAGGCCCUGGGGGCGGAGCACCUCCCACUGUGCGUGCGUGCCGCAGAGUCCCUCGACCGACAUGGCCUCAAGAGGAUCGGCCGCAUGGUGAACGAGAUCGUCGACCGCGAAUCAUCGAUCGACCAGCAUCGCACGGUGGUGAACCGGGGCGUGGACGCGGACCUAGACCAGUUGAAAGACGUCUAUGACGGGAUGGAGGACAUCCUGAACGAAAAGGCCCGCGACAUCCAGCUGACUAUCCCUGCGACACUCCAAAUCGAAUUGAACGUCACCUACCUGCCACACCUUGGCUUCCACCUGACCGUUCCCCGAGAUCCGGCCACAGGCCAGGCGCUCUAUGACGGGCACGAGUUGGGGUGGCAGCUCAUGUUCACCACGCCGGCGCAAGCCUACUACAAGGACGCCACGAUGCACGAGAUGGACCAUGAACUCGGCGAUCUGUACUCUGCAAUCUGUGACAUGGAGGUCGAAAUUGCCUACGCCUUGGCGCAGAAUGUGCUUCGCGACGAGGAUCUUCUGACCGCUGCGUCUGAUAUCUGUGGUGAGCUGGACUGCUUGCUGGCCUUUGCCCACGUCGCGCACCAAUAUCACCUGAGUCGGCCCACAAUGACGGAGGACAACAUCAUCGAGAUCAAGGGGGGAAGACAUCUGUUGCAAGAGAUGACGGUACCAUCUUUUGUGCCAAACGACACCUUUCUCGAAGGAGGGAAUGGAGAAACCGAUCCUGCAGGACCAAGCAUGAUAUUGCUGACGGGCCCCAAUUAUUCGGGUAAAUCUGUCUAUCAGAAGCAGGUUGCCCUGGCUGUCUACAUGGCCCAGAUGGGGUCAUUCCUCCCCGCCGAUUCGGCGACCAUUGGCAUGACCGACAAGAUCCUCACUCGAAUCACAGCCCGAGAGACCGUGUCCAAAGUCCAAUCGGCCUUCAUGAUCGAGAUGCAACAGAUUGCCAUGGCUUUGAAUUCAUGUACCCGACGAAGCUUGGUGGUAAUUGAUGAAUUCGGGAAAGGCACUGAUACAUUUGAUGGUGCUGGCCUCGCUGCAGGUGUGUUCCAUCACCUGCUUUCCCUGGGACCUCAAGCACCCAAGACGCUAGUCGCGACACACUUUCACGAAAUCUUCGAGUUGGGACUCUUCCACGAUGCAAAAAAUGUUGCAUUUGCGCACAUGGAGGUCCAAGUCGACGAAAGAGACAGCCCCUGUGCCGGCGAGGAUAAUAGUCAAGUAACCUAUCUAUUCAAUCUUCGCUCGGGCCGCAGUAAUUUGUCCUACGGCGUCCAGUGCGCAGCAAUGAAUGGCGUCCCAGCUGAAAUUGUCGAGCGAGCUAUUGUAAUAGCGGGAUUGGCGCAACAAGGAGAGGAUCUUGUGGCGGUGUGUUCGGCAUUGAGAGAGGACGAAAUUGAAGCGUUGAGGAGUGCGGAGCGGGCAUCCCGGAUGUUUUUGGGUGAGGAUUUUGAUCGUGACUGGACGGAAGAGGAACUCGUGUCUUCACUGGGCGCCAUGCUGGAGAUUGACACAGUCACCGAGGAGACGAGUAUCUCGGCAUGAGGUUCGCGCGAUCUCAGCUGACAUUUGUGGUGGCAUUCAUCCCCUUUUGUUUGCCCCAA